AAACCCCCUCCACGCCCCCAUCCCCAAAAUAAAACUAAUGGUCAAUUUUAUUCUCCUUUUCAGGUGGUUUUUAAAGCCAAAGCGAAAUAUCGUCCUGAACUGAUCAAAGGCCUGUUGCUGGUGCGAGGGGUGUGCUUCGGGGCCAGCGUCCUCUUCCUGGUGGUGAACGUGGCGUGCGCCGUGCUGGUGCGGGCACGCCAGGUUGAGCCCUGGGCUGUGGUCCUCGCCCGAGUUCUCAUCAGCGACUCGCUGUUCGUGCUGGGGGCCGUCUCGCUCGCCCUCUGCCUCUUCCUCGUGGCCCGUGGCUCUCCCUCGACACGCAUCUACCUGGAAGCCAAGGGCACCACGCUGUGCCAAACGGCAGCCAUGGGGGGCACCAUCGUCCUGCUCUACGCCAGCCGCGCUUGCUACAACCUAGCUGCCUUGGCGCUCUCAUCCCGCACCCGGCUCGACUCCUUCGAUUACGACUGGUACAAUGUCUCCGACCAGGCUGACCUAAUAACCGAUCUUGGGGAUCAAGGUUAUAUCGUCUUUGGACUCAUCCUCUUCGUUUGGGAGUUACUACCCACCACGCUGCUGGUGGGCUUUUUCCGGGUGCAUCGGCCGGCUCAGGAUAUGAGUGCCAGUCGCGUCUUCAACCGGCAGCUGGGUGUCUCCCGUUCUUAUUUCUUUGACUAUCCUGGGCAGCGCGAAAACGAAGGACUGACUAGCAGCCUGACCGGACGAACCCACGGCAGCGGGAGCUACUACGGCUCCAUCAACCGCAGCGGCGGGGGGGAGCAGGACUGGUUUGGGGGCCACCCGCCCACCGCCCCCCUUCUCUUCUCACAGGCGGCCGUCUCCGGCAGCCACCAUCAUCACAGCCUUUACUCCACCCCGCAGAACUGAGGCACGGGACAGGACGGCCUCCCCAUCUCCCCCC